AUGACAAUGCCAACUCCAAACGAGACCUGCUCCUUGCGUAGAAGACGCAGCGAAUUCACGCUUCGGUUUGGCACUGCCAGAUAUGUAGCCCAAGAUCAGUGCUUCAGCCUUGCGAGCACCGCAGUUGACGAAGACGUUCAAGAGUCAAGAGAUUUCGGCUAUGAAGUUGAAGGCCAGCUGGUCACAUGGCCAAGUAUGAAUUUAUCAUUUGUAAGAAUGCUGAUUCAGAGUUUGAGCAGUGGUGAACAGAUUGGUGUGGUUCCGGGCUUUGCUUAUUGGUAUCUCCCUACCAGCUACACCGGCAAGUUCGCUUCGCUGAUUAUUAAUCAGGCUUUGAACAAGCUAUUUGGCGAUGGAAGCACCAGUUCCAAUUUGACUAUGGGCCCAUUGCUCCAACCAUAUUGUGAGUCGCUGAUUCUAUUUCUCGGGGAGUUUUACCCACAAAAAGGCACAACCAUUUCCAUUUAUUCUACCCUCGGCGCAAUCGGCUGUGACUCUGUCAAACUUAAAAGCCCCUUCUGA